CAUGAGGAUAGCAAUUUUACACCCAGAUUUAGGUAUUGGCGGGGCUGAAAGGUUGAUAGUCGAUGCAGCCUACAGCUUACAAAGUAGAGGGCACACUGUAGAUAUAUUCACAAGUUACCACGAUCCAAAUCAUGCAUUCAACGAGACAAAGGAUGGUACACUGAGAGUCCAUGUCCUCGGUGAUUGGUUUCCUCGUACGCUUUGGGGGUAUCUCCAUAUCGUCUGUGCGAUCAUACGUCAGAUUCAUCUGGCUAUUAUGCUGGCUAUAUCCAUCUCUCUAUCAAAGAUUAUCGCACCUAGUUUGGCUUUCCAUGCUUGGCAUAGACCAACACAACGAUACGACGUAAUAUUGGUCGAUCAGCUCUCUGCAGCUAUACCCUUACUUAGAGUAUGGCUAGGUAUUCCAGUAGUAUUCUAUUGUCAUUUCCCAGAUAAGCUCCUAGCAAGUGGUUCGGUAGCACCCGUUAGUGGUGACGGAAAGAUCGUCUAUCCUGCCAGAAUGUCUAAACUUAAACAGCUUUAUCGCAUCCCUAUGGAUUUAUACGAGGAAUUCUCUACUGCCGAUGCAGACGCUCUCAUCGCAAACUCUGAAUUCACUAGUAAUGUCAUCCAAAACACGUUUCGAGAGGUUGAACAAACGCCGAUUGUCAUAUAUCCAUCAGUUGACACGAGUGAUCUUGUAGGCUCAGCUGGUGAGCUGCAAAGUCGAAUUUUCCUCUCAAUAAACAGAUUCGAACCAAAGAAAAAUGCCACUCUGGCUGUAGAAGCCUAUGCUAAACUUGUCGAAGGUCUUGAACAGUCUGAGAGAGACUCUUUAGCUCUCGUCUUGGCGGGAGGUUAUGAUGCCAGGCUGCCAUCAAACGUCGACUGUGUCCAAAACCUUGAAACUUUAUGCAAAAACCACUCACUCAGUUACGAAUUCAUUGACGAUACUCAAUCAAUAUCCUCAAAGCAACCAAAAGACGUAUAUUUCAUGCUAAACAUCAAUACACAAACCAAGAAGACGCUACUUAAUUCACCUUCCACCCUUGCAUUACUCUACACACCAACAAAUGAACACUUCGGUAUCGUACCAGUUGAAGCUAUGGCAUGCGGAAAGCUUGUCUUAGCAACUAAUACGGGUGGUCCAGUUGAGAGUAUUAAAGAUGGUGAGACGGGAUACCUCCUCACUUCAGAUCCCUUCAAGUGGUCGCAAAGAAUGAAAAUCCUCUUGCUUCCAUCAAAUCAAGAGAAGAUCAUUGCGUCAUGUAAAGCCAGAGUCGACGAGUUAUUCACGUUGCACAAAGCUGGCGAGAAAUUCGAACAAGUACUAGGCGGUGUUGUAGGUCACGGUCUAAGCAACCACGGUGAAAGAGGUAUGUUAAUACAAGGCACAGUAUUCAUGUUCUUGGCAAUGACUUUUAUCAUCUAUAUUGUUGGUUUCUACUGAAAAAUUGUACUACUAGUUUAAUCAAUGUAUGUUUAAUACAAAUGAGAUGUCUUUAAGAAUACAGCUAAUCAUACACUACUCAAUUAGUUUAAUCCAGAUUCAAAAGAAAGGUUAUUGUUGCAGCUGCACCCAAGCUGACGCCUAUAGCACCACCUAUUAUGCCAGCUGUGAGGCUCUGAUUGUAAUUCGAUGGCUUUUCAAUCCUCUUCUCAGUCAUCUUCUCCGUCAUCUUUUCGUUCAUCUUCUCAGUCGUCUUUCUCGCCUUCUUGAGUUUGUUUGACUUGAGUUUAGCGGAUCUGAAUGCAUCCUUACGUUUAGCGACCUGAAGGCGUUUGUAGAUAAUUGCAUUCUUGAAUGAUUGGACCUUUAUUUGUCUCAUGGAAUUGUCGAUUUUUUCGAGAGACCCAUCGUGCUCGGCUAUUAUGCAUUCUAACUCAUUCAAUCGUUCGUCAAGUUCCGAAUCUACGUUGUUGUCAGAUUCUUUACUGUCAGAAGCAUAGUCCGAAGCUGUAUAGCCUGGAGCAGGAUUUAGUACACUGGAAGGCUCGAAGAGUUCUGAAUCAUCAGAGAGUUCACCGCUGUCGACUUUCUCGACCAAAGGCUUCUUAUUGUCACUUUGUUUGUUGCUGGAAACCUCCUCGAUAUCAUCGCUGUCCAUGAUAUCACUGAAUCUAGCUGAAAAUGAGGUUGAACGGAAAUCUGGCUCUGCCUCGACUGUGAAAGUCAUUGGUUUGUAUCUACCACCGUGUGCUUGCAAAUGCUUAGCUAAUUGCAAUUUCACACCCCUCCCAAUUUCGAGCGGCUCAUAAGGGGUAAUCUUGCUCGGCUUUCCAUCUUUGAUAAUGUAUGAGCCGUGCAAACUGCCUAGAUCUUCGUACAUGACUAAGUAUCUGUCCAGCUGUAGGACUUGUGAGAGGACUCAUCGCGAAUGUCGAGCGACUCACAUAAAUCUGUCCAUGGUUUUUGGAAAUAGUCUUAGACUGGGGAUAGUCUUUGAAAAGCUUCCUGCCUAUUUUCUGAUUAUCGGAGAUUGGUAUAGUAUCCCCUGAUUCCAGUUUCAAUUUCAAUUCCAUCGUUCGAGACAAAGCAAUUUUCGGUCAAAGCAAUAUAAAUACAAAUUAUAAUACAAAAUUAGUCAGCUACACAUUGCUGAUCACAUAUGCUUGACUUUAACUUCUGACCUGCUAGCUCAAUAUCGUAGAACCUGAGGUCAUUGAUAGAGUGUGAAGUGGCGAUAUCAUUCAGUCUUCCGGUCUCAACGCCCUUAGUCCUCUCCUGUUUGAGCUUUUCGAGUUGUUCAUCGAGAUCAAGAGUAUAACUUUGUCUGAUUUUCACCUCACGCGUUGGUUUUGGUGGACUUUCUGGAUAGACGAUUUCCUUGGUUAUACUUGUCGUCGAUAUUUUCGUCUUAGUUUGGAACCUGCCUGGUUUGUCUUCAAAUGUUGUUACUUCGGGUGUUCGUGGACUCCUUGAAUUAGUCGUUGGCGAGUAACUCGAUUUGCGUUGAUGGAAAGUAGCGCUCGCAGAUGGGAUUCGCGGUCUCGCUUGAUGCGGUUCAACGACUGGGAAUUCCUCCUUCAAUUCGCCCUCUUCGCCGUCGUCGUGAUCUCUCGUGAUGACUUCUCUCACGCUGCUGGGAGAAGGCAGGGGCGAGUCAUAGGACGUAUUAAUUGGUGGUGGUCUGUGUGUGUUAUUGUAGUGGUGCGAAUGGUAGCCAUCGUAAUCUCUGCCAGCUGUACCUCUAUAUCCACCUCUACCACCGCUGUAAGGCUUUCGAGAGGGAAUGUACCGCGGUGGACUCCUAGGCGGUCUGCUCCUACUGAAAUGGUCAUCACGCCAUCCAGGACUUGGUCUAUAAAACGGUCUUCUGUAUCCACCACCGCGAUAGCCACCUCUGUCAUAUCCACCUCUAUCACUGUAUCCACCUCUAUCGCUGUAGCCGCCUCUGUCACUAUAACCUCCUCUAUCGCUGUAUCCCCCACCAUAGCUUCU